CAGAGGAGGAGUGCUGUGGAUUUCCUUCUGCAUCUGUACCUCUCUCCUUCUGGACUGUGUCACAGUGCAGAGCUGCUGCUUCUCCUCGGCUCCACGAUGGACAGAGGGGACUUCUUGCUGACUGUGUGCCUGCUGUGCUGCUGCAGCUGCAGUCUGGUUAGAGCCAUCAGCAGAGCUGAGAUGUUUCCUUAUGGCACAAUAAGUGGAGAUUUCAUCCUGGCAGAGGGAGAUGAUGAAACAUCCAGAGUGCUGUUCCUGCCUAAACCCUUCUACUUCUACAGCUCCCUCUUCCCUCAGCUAUAUGUGGCCACCAACGGUAUUAUAUCAGCUCACGACUUGCCAAUGGAAAAACAAUACGUAGAUGACGGCUUCCCUACAGAUUUCCCCGUGGUCGCUCCCUUCCUGGCGGACAUUGACACGAGCGGAGGGCGAGGACAGAUUUACUACAGAGUGACCGAAACACCAAGCAUUCUCAACAGAAUAGCCAAGGAAGUACAUCAGGGAUUCUCUGGUGCAACAUUUACACCCACACAUGCCGUAGUGGUGACCUGGGAGAAUGUAGGUGCCUAUGAAGAAAAAUCUCGCACCAGUGGACCUGCAAACAAGGUCAAUACGUUCCAAGCAGUAAUCGGUUAUGAUGAGACCGAUUCGUACGUUCUGUUUUUAUACCCUGAAGAUGGCUUGAACUUUUUUGGGACACGACCAAAGGAGUCCUAUAACGUUGAAAUCGAGCUUCCUGCUAGAGUUGGUUUCAGCAGAGGAGAAAUCACACAUCUGAACUUUCUCCGAACCGAAGGACCUCACUACAGUGUUACCAGCAAUGAACAGAGUGUUAAAAAUCUCUAUCAGGUUGGUAAUACAGGAGUUCCAGGCAUUUGGCUUUUCCACACUGGGAAUCAUUACAGUUUUGAUAACAUUGUUCCUGCUUCCAUUGGUGCCGUCCUGGCUACUGUGACCCCUGGAGAACUGGACAUCCCCCUGGAUACAACCACUCCGGAGUACUCUGAGUUUGAGGAGUAUUCUGAUAAUAUCUUCAAUGCCGAAAACAAAGAGGAAGAUGAUUACCCUCUUACAGGUGGCCACCCUGAGUUCUAUCCACCUCCUGUUAACGAGGAACUCCCAGUGUCCCUUCAGCCAGGAAGCCCUGAACAUUCCUCCUCUCAUGUAGUGGAUUCUGGUCAUCCUGCAACAUAUGAUAAUGAAGAUGUACCAUUGACCUUGGAACCCAGAUAUAGUCUGGAGCCAGCAGAGAGACAGUCCCCUCCAUUUAAUCCUACAGAGACACUGAAUCUACCAGUGGAAGGAUCUCAGCAACCAGAGGUUCCUCUGCAAAUUGCUGAUGUUUAUCCCCCUCAGGAACAUGAACAACCUCUUUCUCCGGGAGGUCAUGUAGUCAGCGUGGAUGAAGAAGAGGUUGAUUUUGACACAGGAGUGAUUCAGUACACUACAGAGAACAAGGAGACAUGUGCAAGGUUCCAGCAGCAGUGCUCCCAGAAUGCAUUCUGCUCUGACUAUGCCACAGGCUUCUGCUGCCACUGUCACUCUGGCUUCUAUGGAAAUGGCCGCCACUGCCUGCCAGAGGGUGUUCCUCAGCGUAUUAGUGGCAAGGUGAACGGCAUGGUGACUGUGGGUUUAACCCCUGUGGUGCUGAACAACAUUGAUCUACACGCCUACAUUGUGGUGGGAGAUGGGAGGGCAUACACCGCCAUCAGUGAGGUACCUGAGCCAGUGGGCUGGGCUUUGAUGCCAGUUGCACCAAUAGGAGAGCUGUUUGGAUGGCUGUUUGCUCUGGAGCUGCCCAAUAGCCAAGUGGGAUUUAAAAUAACUGGUGCUGAGUUUACCCGGAAUGCCGAGGUGAUCUUUUACCCUGGCAACCAGCGUCUCUCCAUCAUCCAGACUGGCCACGGUCUGGAUGACCACAACCACCUCACCAUUGACACUACGCUCAGCGGCAGCGUACCGUUCCUUCCCCCCGGAGCCACGGUUACAAUGGAUCCCUUCAAGGAGACCUACCAGUACUACCCUUCUGUUGUCACCUCUACGUCCGUGCGGGAGUUUUCAAUAGUUUCAGUAGACCGAGGCUCAGAGUCCUUCUCCUUCCAGCUGAAGCAGAACAUCACCUACCGUCACUGCCGACAUGACCACCAUGUCAUGCCGGAGACGCUGCAAAUCACCGUGGAGAGGGUGCUUGUGAUGUAUGUCACAGAAGAGCGCAUCCUGAGAUACGCCAUCACCAAUAAGAUCAGCCCAGUGGGAGAGCUGGUGAACCCCUGUUAUGUUGGGAUCCAUGACUGUGAUACCACAGCCCAGUGUAUCCCACUGGAGGGCCAAGCUUUCCGGUGUCAGUGUGCUGCUGGUUACAGAGGGGAUGGACACAACUGCUAUGAUAUCGAUGAGUGCGCUGAGGGAUUGGCGUCAUGUGGAGAUCACGCCCACUGUGUGAACAUGCCCGGGAGUCAUCAGUGCCACUGCCAGACGGGCUUUGAAUUUGGUUACGAUGGGCAUAUCUGUGUUGAUAUAGAUGAGUGCAUCUCCUCUCCAUGUUCCAUCAAUGGGAGAUGUAUUAAUGACCUUGGUUCCUACCGGUGUCAGUGCCACCCUGGGUUUUAUGGUGAUGGUUACUACUGUUCCCAACAGGAAGAGCAAACGAGCCGUCCAAAAACCCAAUGUGAGCAGCAAAAAGAGAGUCUGCAGCGUGCAGUGGAGCAUGGAGAGGAACCAAGCCUCGGACUCUUCAUCCCCGAGUGCGACCCUGACGGACGCUACCGUCCUCUGCAGUGCCACAGCUCUUCUGGACACUGCUGGUGUGUGGACAGCAGCGGGAAAGAAAGACCAAGGACUCAGACGCCACCUGGUUCACCACCUGUAGACUGUGACAGCCCAGAGCGUCCAAAGACUCAGUGUGAGCAUCACAGGGACAGUUUGCAGACGAGCAGUGCAGAGGGAGAUUCAGUAUCUGGAGCCUUUGUACCUCAGUGUGAUGCUUAUGGACAGUACAGACCUUUGCAGUGUAAUGGCUCCACUGGACAUUGUUGGUGUGUGGAUAGUAGGGGGCAGGAGAGACCUGGAACAAGAACACCACCUGGAGCACUGCCCACAGACUGUGACCAGCCAGAUGAACCAGAGCGUCCAAAAAGUCAGUGUGAGCACCACAGAGACAGUGUACAGACCGGUCCAGAUGGAUAUCCUCUUCCUGGAGCCUACACACCUCAGUGUGAUGCCGAUGGCCAGUACAGACCAUUACAGUGCCACAGCGCUACUGGAUAUUGUUGGUGUGUGGAUAUUAGGGGGCAGGAGAGAGCAGGGACCAGAACAUCACCUGGUACAACACCUACAGAUUGUGACAAACCAGAUGAACCUGAACACCCUAAAACUCAGUGUGAGCACCACAGAGACAGUGUACCUACGACCACUCCAGAAGGACAUCCCAUAGCUGGAGUUUAUGUGCCUCAUUGUGAUGCUGACGGACAGUACAGCCCACUCCAGUGCCAUGGCUCCACUGGGCAUUGUUGGUGUGUGGACAGUAGGGGGCAGGAGAGAGCAGGAACCAGGACUCCACCUGGUACACCACCCACAGUCUGCGAUAAACCAGAUAAACCGGAGCGUCCAAAAACUCACUGUGAGCACCACAGAGACAGCAUACAAACUGCUGGUCCAGAGGGACAUCCUCUACCUGGGGCAUAUAUACCCCAGUGUGAUGCAAAUGGACAGUAUCUGGCACUGCAGUGCCACGGCUCAACUGGACAUUGCUGGUGUGUGGACAGUAGUGGGCAGGAGAGAGCAGGAACAAGAACACCACCCGGUACACCACAUAAAGACUGCGAUAAACCUGAUAAACCAGUGCAUCCUAAAACACAUUGUGAGCAACACAGAGACAGUGUACAAACUACCAGUCCAGAUGGAUAUCCUAUACGAGAAGUGUUUGUACCUCAGUGUGAUGCAGAUGGACAGUACACACCUCAACAGUGCCACGGCUCCACUGGUUAUUGCUGGUGUGUGGACAAUUUGGGACAGGAGAGAGCAGGAACCAGGACACCACCUGGAACACCGUCUAAAGACUGUGAUAAACCAGAUGAACCAGAGCAUCCAAAAACUGACUGUGAGCAGCACAGAGACAGAGCACAGACUACCAUUCGAGAGGGAUAUCCUUUGACCGGUGUCUUCGUACCCCAAUGUGAUUCAAAUGGCCAAUACCUACCUCAACAGUGCCAAGGGUCUACCGGAUAUUGUUGGUGCGUGGACAGUAGGGGCCAAGAGCGAGAAGGAACCAGAACACCACCUGGUACACCACCUACAAAAUGUGAUAAACCAGAUGAGCCAACACAUCCUAAGACACAUUGUGAGCUGCACAGAGACAGCAUACAGACUACCAGUCCAGAGGGCUAUCCCAUACUAGGAGUUUUUGUACCUCAAUGUGAUGCAGACGGGCAUUACACACCUCAACAGUGCCAUGGUUCCACAGGACAGUGUUGGUGUGUGGACAGUAGUGGGCAGGAGAGGCCAGGAACCAGGACACUACCUGGUACUCCACCUGAAGACUGUGAUAAACCAGACCGUCCUAAAACUCAAUGUGAGCACCACAGAGAUAGUGUGCAGACUACAAGCCCUGAAGGAUACCCUAUAUUUGGUGCCUUUGUACCUGAAUGUGAUUCAGAUGGACAGUACCUACCUCAACAGUGCCACGGCUCUACUGGAUAUUGUUGGUGUGUGGACAGUAGGGGCCAAGAAAGAGCAGGAACCAAAACACCACCUGGUACACCACCCAAAGACUGUGAUAAGCCAGAUGAACCAGAGCGCCCCAAAACUCACUGUGAGCAGCACAGAGACAGAGCACAAGCGACUAUUUCAGAAGGAUAUCCUGUUGUUGGGGCCUUUGUACCCCAGUGUGAUUCAGAUGGACAAUACCUACCUCGACAGUGUCAUGACUCUACUGGACAUUGUUGGUGUGUGGACACUAGGGGCCAAGAAAGAACAGGAACCAGGACACCACCUGGUACACCACCAAUAGAUUGUGAUAAACCAGACCGUCCUAAAACUCAAUGUGAGCACCACAGAGAUAGUGUGCAGACUACAAGCCCUGAAGGAUACCCUAUAUUUGGUGCCUUUGUACCUGAAUGUGAUUCAGAUGGACAGUACCUACCUCAACAGUGCCACGGCUCUACUGGAUAUUGUUGGUGUGUGGACAGUAGGGGCCAAGAAAGAGCAGGAACCAAAACACCACCUGGUACACCACCCAAAGACUGUGAUAAGCCAGAGCGCCCCAAAACUCACUGUGAGCAGCACAGAGACAGAGGCACAAGCGACAUUUCAGAAGGAUAUCCUGUUGUUGGGGCCUUUGUACCCCAGUGUGAUUCAGAUGGACAAUACCUACCUCGACAGUGUCAUGACUCUACUGGACAUUGUUGGUGUGUGGACACUAGGGGCCAAGAAAGAACAGGAACCAGGACACCACCUGGUACACCACCAAUAGAUUGUGAUAAACCAGUUCCUGUGUCACCAACUGAGCGCCCUGAGAGUGUAUGUGAGCGAUGGAGAGCCAGUCUGAUUGAACACUAUGGGGGAAAGCCAGAGCCACAGCACUACGUGCCUCAGUGUGAACCAGAUGGACAGUUCAGUGCAGUCCAGUGCUACGGGGAGAGCAGUUACUGUUGGUGUGUGGACCAGGAUGGGCGGGAGGUUCCUGGGACUCGAUCCUAUGAUGUUGUCAAACCUGCAUGUCUCCCUACUGUGGCUCCACCCACUGUCCAUCCAAUGCCCCGCCCAGAUGUAACACCCCCACCCUCUGGCAUCACAUUGCUUUACGCGCAAGGACAGAAAAUAGGCGCGCUACCUCUUAACGGGACACGACUCGAUGCAGAACAAUCCAAAACACUACUGGCGCUACAUGGCUCCAUUGUUGUUGGCAUAGCCUACGACUGCAAAGAAAAUCAAGUGUACUGGACAGAUUUGUCUGCACGGACGAUCAGUAGAGCGUCCAUAUUGCCUGGAGCCGAGCCCGAGUUACUCAUCAACACAAACCUGAUAAGCCCGGAAGGUUUGGCGGUGGAUGUCAAACGAAGGUUGAUGUUCUGGGUCGACUCCGCCCCUGACGUCAUCGAAGGCGCCAACCUGGAUGGCAGUGGGAGGCGAACGCUCUUCGACACAGACUUGGUUAACCCUCGUGCCAUCAUAGUGGUACCAUCCACUGGCACUCUGUAUUGGACGGAUUGGAACCGAGAGGCUCCUAAGAUUGAGAGUUCAACCAUAGAAGGUCAGGACCGCAGAGUGGUGGUGUCUGACGGGAUUGGAUUACCAAACGCUCUAACGUACGACUCUUCUUCUGGACAGGUCUGCUGGGCUGAUGCAGGUACAAAGCGAUUAGAAUGUAUAUUUCCAAAUGGUUCUGGCCGCAGAAUGAUCCACGGCAACCUCAACUACCCGUUCAGCAUGGUCUACUACAACAACCACUUCUACUACACGGACUGGAGGAGGGAUGGUGUGAUUGCAGUGAGUAAAGACAGUAACCAGCUGACUGAUGAAUACCUACCUGACCAACGCUCUCAUUUGUAUGGUAUCACCAUAGCAACCACGCACUGUCUAUGAGGGACCUGCUGAUGACAGACGGACAACUGCGGUGUCCACUGGUGCUAAAGUUCUAGGGUGAGUUCUGGACGGUGGGAAGAAGUGUGUAAUCAAGUGUCCUCUCGGUACGCGUCAGGACACUCAGGAAACAAGAUGGCCUCCCGUUGCCAGUAACAACCGCCCAAACUAAUUUACAAUCCCUCCAAACCCCCCACAUCAAUGUUUUGUAAAUUUGUCUUAUACCUCAGUUUGUUUUCUACUGUAUUUUUGUACUUUUUUUCUAUCAAUUAAAACUAUAGAAUAAUGAAAUCUGAUUCUAAAAAUGUUUAAAGUGUGAGUUUGGUUUUUCGGAAGAAGAAUGACAUCAAGAGCUUUAAAACUUCAAACCAAAGGCUCAUUGUAAACAGGAUCACUCGCUUUUUGGUCAGCUGACCACAGAUUCCAGAUAACGGCUAAUCCAACUCAAAAGUUAGCAGUUUGUCUGGUCUUCAGAAGCCGCAUUAUUUCUGAUUACUAAUUAGUUAUCACAUGAUUACAAACUCAAUUAACUUGUAUUUAAAACACACAAACCUGUUUUUUUUUUUUUUAUAAACUCUGUAAAAUGUGUGGUCAUGUGAAGUUGUUGCACCGCACGUCCUACAGCCAUAUUUCUGCGCACUACUAAUCUCUUCUUCACACACAAUGAAAUGACUAUGUUGCCAAAUAUUUUUUGCUACUACUUUUCAAAUCUUUAUCUUUUUAUAAAAUUUGAUAUUUAUAACAAUAAAAUGUGAUUUGGAA